CCCCAACGAGCAUGACUACGAGCCGUUUCCGGAGUGCGUACGUCCUAACCUAUGCCAUACUCAACCUUUCCAAUGCAUGGUUGUGGUCGACGUUUGCUGGUGCUAGUGUGACGAGUGCGGAAUACUAUGAGACCAAAGAAUCGGCGGUGACCUGGUUUUCUCUGGUGUUUAUGGCUCUUUAUGUGCCGGUAACAAUUGUGAGCUCGAUGGUGCUGGACACACACGGCUUGCGACGGGGACUGCUCAUCGGAACGGGGCUGAAUUUUCUUGGUGCAUGGAUCAGAUAUCUUGGUUGUUUUGUUGGACCUCCUGCGGGAAAAUAUGCCGUGGCCUUCGUAGGACAGUCUAUAGCUGCGGUUUCCCAACCCUUUAUUCUCAAUGCACCUCCCAAGAUCGCCAAUACAUUCUAUUCCCCAACGGAGCGGACCCUGGCAGAUGCUGUCAUGACCCUUGCUAAUCCAAUCGGCGCUGCCUUGGCCCUUGUUGUGGUCCCGAUCGUUGUCAACUCAAAUCCAGCAUCGCUUCCAACUGCUCUUCUGAUUUCUGCAUUAGUCGCAACUAUCCCAGCCCCUUUGGCUCCCUUCAUCUUUCGGGAACCUGUUGGAACAUCACCGGACGAAGCUGAGGCGGGAGCAACUGAAACUAACAUUCCAUUUGCUAUCUCCCUACGCAAUCUUCUUCGUAACAAAAAUUACCUCAUUUUAAUGACCUCUUUCGGUAUUGCCAUUGCCGUGUUCAAUACGUACGUCAGCGAGCUUUCAUUUAUUGCAGAUGAAGUUGGGUACAGUGAAGAUGAAGCGGGGUACAUGGGAUUUGCCACCAUCCUGUGCGGCAUUCUUGGAUCAGUUGUCGCCGCUCUUAUCCUUGACAAAACACCAAAUUUUCUUAAAAGCAAGUUUGGGGACAAUGCAACCACGCCUCAUACGAUGGUGUACAAAUGCGCAUAUGGGUUUGCGCUAGUCAGUCUGAUAGCUUUUAGCGCCUGCAUGCGAUCUGGAAUGUUGGGUGGAUUGUUAUUUUUCGCCGCUAUAUUCGGGUUCGGCGCCUUUGCGGUUCUUCCGACUGGUUUAGAGAUGGGGAUUGAGAUUACGUAUGGUGAGGCUGGAGAAGCGAUUGGGACGGGUGGGCUCUGGAGCGUGGGACAACUGCUAGGAGUUGUGACCUCGGUUGUGGUGGACGGAAUUCGGAAUGGCGUGGGCGCAGACACGGUGAAAGGGCGUGAAAUUUGGCUUGUUCCUGGUGUAGGCGUCAUUGGGUUGAUUCUAGCCCUUCACGUACGCCCUGAGGCCAGAAGGGUGCAGGCAGAACAGAGCGCUGCAGCGCUCAGUAUGGCCGAUUCGAAGGAAACAUCUGUAGAAGUAGAAGACAAGACUACAUUGGAGCAUAGUGGCCAGGAGUAGUCUCUGUGGUAAAUAGGACUUUGGUAGCUCUUUCUCUUUGUAUCGAAACCUUGUAUAUGGAGCUUUUUGAUUUGUUUUCAUUAAUAAAUCAGGGAUAUUUUAGUAUUAAGUAGACACGUAAGAUACAAUAAAAAUAGAUAGUAAAACAG